ACCUAGUGUAAAGUUAUUUGCUGCAUGUUUUAAGUGAGGAAUACUGAAGGAGUUACGGGCUCUCAAGGAUGGGGGACUGCUGCAUGUCCGGAGAUGACAAAGAAAGCUUCCGAAUUCAUCAAGAAAUCGAAAGGCAGCUUAAAAUGGACAAAAAAGAUAACACUAGACAACUAAAACUCCUACUGUUGGGCACAGGUGAAAGUGGCAAGAGCACCUUCAUCAAACAGAUGAGAAUCAUACAUGGCAAAGGCUACACAGAGGAGGACAGAAAGGCCUAUACCAAUCUGGUGUUCCAGAAUGUUUUUAUGGCCAUCCAGAAUCUGAUCCAAUCCAUGGAGAACCUGAACAUCCCUUUUGCUGAUGCCGAAAAUUCAGCUUACGCUGCAAUGCUUACAGCAGUGACAGCAGGUACAGUACACUCAAUUAGUUCUGAAUAUGCCGAAGCCAUUAAGAGUGUUUGGAGAGACGAUGGCCUGCAGAAAUGCUACGAACGCCGGAGAGAGUUCCAACUUUCAGACUCUGCCAGAUAUUACCUUGAUGACAUUGACAGAAUCUCUGCAGGGUUUUACUUGCCUAGUCUGCAAGAUAUUCUACGAGUCCGAAUUCCGACCACAGGCAUCAUCGAGUACAUCUUUGACCUACAGACGGUCAUAUUCAGAAUGGUUGAUGUUGGAGGCCAAAAGUCAGAGAGACGCAAGUGGAUCCAUUGUUUUGAAAAUGUUACUUCAAUUAUCUAUCUGGUGGCCUUGAGCGAGUACGAUCAGGUCUUAUAUGAGUGUGACCAUGAGAACCGUAUGGUAGAAAGUAAAGCACUAUUUAAGACCAUCAUCUCCUACCAAUGGUUCCAGGAGUCCUCGAUCAUUCUUUUUCUCAAUAAGACUGACAUCCUGAAGGAGAAGAUCUCAACUUCACACCUUGAAGACUACUUUCCGGAAUAUACAGGCCCUAAAAGCGACGCAGAAGCUGCAAUGAACUUCAUCCUGUCUAUGUAUGAGCAACAGAACUCGGACACACAGAAACCCAUCUAUGCCCAUUUUACUUGCGCAACCGACACAGAGAACAUCCGCUUUGUUUUCAGUGCUGUGAAGGAUACUAUUCUAAAACUCAACCUAUCGAUGUUUAACUUGGGUUAGGUGACAAAUGUGCUCUCACAGAUACACUGCCUCAAAAUGUUCAUUUCUGAUUUAGUAAACAUAUGCUCUAGGAGCCACUUCAGAAACAUCCAUGUAUGAUUAUGUUUAUUCUGUGAAUUUAGCAUGUAGCCUACAAUUAACCUUUUUUCUGUCUUAUAAAACUGAAUUUUGUGGGGCAUAAUUGCUUAACUAACUAUUUUAAACUAACCUACCCAGAUAAAUAAUAAAUGAAGACCCUGUGGUAUUCAGGGAGCCUUACGUCAGGUUAUUCCCCUGCCUCAUUAUUAUUAUGUGGUCCACAUGUACUGUAGCUAUAUUAUUCCAUCAUUACACCGUGUGGUCACCGUACGGUACGACUGGUGCAACGUGACACGACAAAAGACUUAGAAACGCAUUAGAACUCAUUAACCCCGAUUCACAUUUCGUGUCUUUUGCGCAUAAGUUUGUUAUUUUAAAUGUUGUUUCACACGUUGUUACACAAUUGCCUACUCAAAUGAAAUUCCAUUCCAUUCCAUUUUCUACCGCUUAUCCGAACUACCUCGGGUCACGGGGAGCCUGCGCCUAUCUCAGGAGUCAUCGGCCAUCAAGGCAGGAUACAACCUGGAUGGAGUGCCAACCCAUCGCAGUCAAAUGAAAUAUGACGCAUAAAAAUUCCGACGUGAUGUGCCAAACAUACAAAACUUUGAAACUAUGCAAAUAACAUCUAGCCACUAUCUUUGCUACCCAAAUGCAGCCAAAAAUACUUUAUUUCGCUCAUUCCUACUUUAAUACUGACGGACAAAAUAUUUGUAUGUAGACUGUAAUGCUGAUACCUCUGAUCUCAGCAUAUUUGGAGGUCCUGAACCUCUUUCAUGCAAGAGAAAACCUGCUGCUAAUCCCAAAAUGUGCUAUAAAAUUGACGUAUUCAAUAUGCUAUUUCUCUUACACAGGUUCUACAGUUUUGGGAAACUUUUGUAUUGUUUUUCAUUUGAUCUUCUUUUUGUAGUUUGUGUGGUAAGGCUUAAAUGACAAUAGCACAAAUAAUGCAGGAUGUCAGCCUGUUCUUCCGUCUGAUUGUGUGUUAACAGGGACAUAAGGAUUGAGUACUUGAACAAUUUGAAACUAUCUAGAACUGUAAGAUGCCUGAUCUAUUCGCAGAGAGCAAAUGUGUUGGAGCGCUAUACUCCAAAUGAUAAAGUUAGGAAUCCAGGGGCAUGCCUAAUACAAAUGUAAAGCAUGAAUGUACUUAAAAUUUCAUUGGAUUAAAGUGUCUGCUGAAAAUAAAGUAAAAAAGAAUUGCU